ACUCGAUAAAUGAAGAGUACUUCCUUUUCAAGUUGAGUUAAAGGCUUUUGAACUGAUCCAGCUGCACAAUCAACUCGCUUGUUCGAGUAGACAUCAACAAUGCCAGAAGAGGAGCGAAUUAUAACUUCUCCUGUUGCAAGCAACGUCAAAAAUCCACCAUGGGGAACUGAACCAGACACACCAAACACAGGUUUGUAAGCGAACGGUUUGCGAUUAUAAACAUCCAAAUCUUUUCAUCACCAAACGCAAAUAAUUAAACCUCCUCGGCUGUCGCGUUUGUGUGUCAAUUGAUCCCAAUAAUUAUAUUUAUUGUUUGUUGAUGUACUUUUAGCGUCUGGAGUAAGAAAAAAGCAGUUCCCUUGGACAACUUACUCGAGAGACUAUGUAGGAGCGACCGGAACACCUGCACAUCCACAAAGGUAACUUAAAAAGUUCAAUGAGGCAAUUUCAUAAAUAUGCUGGAAUUAUUUGAAAGCUAGAGUAGGCAUGAGGAAUCCGAUAUCAUGCGCCUAGCACGUUAAGUGCUCUUCCCUCUGUGAGUCUUAGAUCAGUUGCUUCCAGAUAUCUAGCGAUAUUAGGACAGAAAAACAUUCUGGGUGAGCAGACGUGAGACAGUAGUUAAACAAUAGGCAUAAACUCCCAUGAAGCUCCCACAGCUAAUAAGCCUAUUAUCGAUUUUGGUAAUUAUUACCAAGAAAAACAUGAAAUAUCUUAAGUUAACCUAUGAAAUUCACAAUUCCAACAGUUUUUGAUUAGAACUCCUUAAGUUACUUCUGCCAUGUUAAUGAAUAUCGUAGGCAGUUAUGAAGCCCAUCAAAUAUAAGGAAGCCUUGCAAUACAUGUAAUCGUUCACUAGGACACAGACGCACCUAUGAGGCGAUAAUCAAUCAAAGGGUUGACUGAGGAUGGCAAGAAUUUUCACGGAUUUCGAGUGAAGACUGAAAAAAGAAUAACAUUAAUAAUGAUAAUUAAACGAAGGAACAUGUCAUACCAGUAGUUGAAGGGAGCCAUUAAGGCGUGACCAAUCCUAACCCUUUAGGGGACCGGUCAUUAUCUAUUGUCUGAUCCCCCCUUUAUACUCUGUCGGCGACGACUAAACCCCCUCCCGUUCCCCCUGAAAACCAUGUGAACCCCCAAAUAUCCCCCGACACCCCUUCCCUCCCCUUCAGCGAUAAAUUAUGGUCCCUGAAUCAAGUUUCUCCUUUAUUUCCCUUUUUUUCUCCUAGUAUUUUUUUGUUUGUUUGUUUUUUUAAUUAGAAUUGAUUUUUUCUUCUAGAAUGAGAACCGCGGAGCAUCUACCAUCAGGCUGGCCAUUUGAAUCAAGUCAUUAUCACAGCACAUUUAGAACACCCCAGCUGGCGUACUGCAGACAUAAUGUACAGCCUUACUCCGUGCAUCGGAAAAAUAAUCCACAUGCAGCAAUUCUCGACCCAUGGAAGUACCCGGAUAAGGUAACAUUUCCUCACAUUUGUGGGAGAGUGGGGAUGGGUGGAUGGCAACCUUGUUACCAGGGUCUUUCUUCCUCACGCACUUUCUCGCUUGAGGGAGUGGCAAGGAGAUAGAGAGAGAGCCUAGGGGAGAGUUUGGGCCACUUGGUUUGUGAGACAUAAACAUUUUUUUGUUGAUGUUUUUAACAGAGUUACUUGGUGUGGAGGGACAAUCCAUCUUUGAAUCUCCCGCCUGUUCGGGAAUCGCAGUCGGCACCGAACAUUCUCCAACAUAACAAGAGCCGUCGGAUGUCAACAACAUACAAUACCACCUUCAACGCAAGACCUCUGGGUACGUACAUUGUAAUAACAAGAGAGAGAAUGGAAUUCGUAGCAAGCGCUAUGAUGAUAUAGAAGCGAGUCGAAACUACACGCACGAUAAGCUCGACUCCUCGCGCGAGUGCAGCUAUUUACUUGUCUAUUUCUCGCGCGAUUCUUGGCUUGCAUGCAGUGUGUGUUUUAAAUCAAGCUCGGUGAGUUUUCUGAGAUUUCUGAGAUUUCUGAAUAUCUGAUUCUAGGAGAAGAAGAGGAGGUAACAGUUAGACAAAUCCUAAAAAAAUGAAGGGAAAGGCCAGAAAAAGGAGUCAUUUUUAUAGCAUGCUAACUCGAGACUGGCGAGGAGCUCAUCACCGUCCUUUAAUUGACUGGAUCUGCGUCGUUGCGCCUGUAUAUCUGUGGCUGAAAGGCUUAGCUAUGUAUUCCUUCGUUCACUCUGACCGAGACUGAGGAAAAUGUAUUUUUUUUUGUCAGAACUUCCAAACUACAAACCAAGAACUGCAUGGAAAUCAGACCGCUUCAGACCGACCUCCAAAGGUAAAGCCGGGAAAAGUGUGGUUUAAAAGCCCCAAAAGUUUUAAGUCAGUUCUUUUGCAUGAUUUUCUCUCACUGAGAGAAACUUUAUUUUCCUGAAAGGUGUUGAAGGAAACUUGACAAAAGAUGUGUGUGAAUUCCUAGAAGCUGCUAGAAAACUGAAAGUAAAUUGUAUAUGAAAUCUAGAAAAAGGAACAGUUGAGCAUGCUCGAACCAAUUUUCCUCUCAUAUUUUCAGCCCAGACCCCUGCUCUUCAUUGGCAGACUGAGUACUCUCACGACUUCAGAGGAGCCCGAGGAAGACCGACCACGACUGAACGGUACUGUCAAGAUGUCGAUUGCUUCGUAAAUUACCUUUAUAUUUUCAUAGUUUCUAGUCGUAGUAAUAAUGGUUCUCUUGUUCAUUUUUUUAAGCCCGUGGGACAUGUCUUGGAGUAACUUAAACAUGUGACAUGCGCAAGAAUUGCUCCCCGAUCACCUGAAUAUGACGUCUGAACCAGCCAAUCAAAGCUUAGAAUCCAUUUAGAAAGUUUAAAAGUAGAGUUGUUCGCCUUUUGUUUCCUGUGAGUCAUUUUAUGAUAUAAUGUUGUAACUGCGAAAUUUGCUGAAGUUUUGUGAAAGAUUCAACCACAAGCUUAAAACAUAAAAUUUGUAUUUUGUAAUGUUAAAAAUUAUAUAUUUUUUAGUGAAAUAAAACUGCAGUGAAACACAGUCAUCCUUUAUGACGCAGAACCCUCUUGGUCCCCGAUGCAAAUUACAAUAAAUUAUCGGUAUAAAAUUGGUUAUAAUAAGAGACGGUAUGCGAGGAAAACUCGGUGGUCUGAUGGUUGAAGCGUUAGACUUUGUAUCGACGGAUCUGGGUUCGAGAUCUGGCCGGUCAUCGUGGUGUGUUCUUUGAGUAAGGCUAGACACUAUUUUACCUCCUAAAUAGGUAUCAGAAAGAAAAUAUGUACUCAAUAAAUAUUAUCAUAGGUCACGGAGAUAAGUUCAAUAAGUUUAUAAUCUCUUGGUACCAGCCCAUUGUCAGGGAAACUUGACGGAGGAGCAAUACUUUCACUUGCUUCCAUGCCAGUCAAAACAACAAGUGGUAAGAGGCUAAUAUAACACACAACGUAGCUUAAGGUCUUGCAUCUGUUAAGAAACAAAAGUUUGGCGAUGUAGAAAAAAAAAAAGAACAAAACAUAACGAAGAAGAUUGUUGGCC